UACAAUCAGCGCAAUAAACUCAAUUUUCAGUUUCGAAAUUUUUCUGCCGAACACACAAUUUCACACAGCAAUGGAUCUCAGGUUCGUGCCGCUCGAUCAUCCGCUCAUCAACGCCUUCCACCACAUAAUCGACCACGCCGCCGCCGACGACAAGUCGUCCAACACCAGCGCCCCGUCGAAGAAGUAUGUCCUCGACGCGAAGGCCAUGGCGGCGACGCCGGCGGACGUGAAGGAGUAUCCGAACGCGUACGUCUUCAUCAUCGACAUGCCGGGGCUGAAGUCCGGCGACAUCAAGGUGCAGAUCGAGGAGGACAACGUCCUGACUAUCAGCGGGGAGCGGAAGCGCGAGGCGGAGGAGAAGGAGGGGGCGAAGUAUGUGAGAAUGGAGAGGAGGGUCGGGAAGUUCAUGAGGAAGUUCGUGCUGCCGGAAAAUGCGGAUCUGGAGAAGAUAUCGGCGGUUUGCCAGGAAGGAGUGCUGACUGUGACGGUGGAGAAGCUGCCGCCGCCGGAGCCAAAGAAGCCGAGGACAAUUGAUGUCAAAAUUGCUUGAACAUCUGGAUCUAUAUAUAAACCAAGUCAUAUGAGUGCUCUGUUUCUCUUCCAUGGAAGUUUUGAUUAUGCGUUUUUACUUCUCCUGUUAUGCAUUAUGCAAUGUAAUGCCUCAUACUAAUGGGGUUGGAUGAACCUAUAUAUUUUGGUCCAUUUUUACUUCUCCCUCCGGUGUGGGACUUGAGGAAUCCCAACAAACCUCCCCUCAUCCAAGGACCACACAACUUCCGACCUCCCCUCCAGCGGUAAUCCCUUUUUUUUCUUUAUCUGCUAACCAUCUUGCACCGCCGCACACUCUUUGCGGGACACGCCGCCCGACCUCCUGUCGGGAAGACUUUCGACGCAAGGCUCGAACCGCAGAUCUUUCCUUC